AUGUCGUUCCCAGACGAGAUCUUUGAGACGGCCUACUUCCCGCCCAUCCGCCUUGCUGUGGCCGCGGAUCACCGGAACAUUGACCGCAUCACCCCACGAUGCGAGAUCUGCAUGGGUUGCAUGCACAUCUGCGAUACCCCCAAGAAAGAGCACAUAGACCUAUGCGUUGGCCCGGCUGGCCUACUCGUGUGCGGACACUUUUUCGGAGAGCAGUGCAUAGACGACUGGCUCGACUCGGGGGCCACGAGCUGUCCCAUGUGCCGCACCUCGCUCGUCCUGCCCGCGACGGACUACGUGAACCCGCCUUGUCCAAUUAGCAAUCCGAGGGAUCUCCUCGACACAUAUAUCCCCUCGACCCUACCGGAACGCGGCCACCUGUCCGCGGACCCAGCCGAGCUGUACAACGCCCACAUCCGACGCGUCGCCCAGAUGGUCGCGAGGGAGAUCAGCCCCCCGCUCCUCCAGAAUCUGGGCAGCGCCAUUGCCAUCGGCCUCCACCUGCCCUGGGGCGGGCAGUGCUAUGACUUUGGGGUGCGCUUCCACGCCGACCGGGCGCAUCCGCGGGACCCGAUGCUGAUGGAUGUGCACGAGCUCGAAGACUCGUGGGGUCUGCGCCCCUGGUUCCUCCCGGACGAUCUCAGCCUGCUCGAGCUCGAGGACCGCAUCCUCAUGCAUACCGCGCAGCAGGCCUGGGACAAGGGACGCUGGGGGCCGUGCGAGAUGCACAUGUACGUUGGCUUUGUCCAUGUGCCGACGGACGAGCAGAAGGCGCAGAUCAUGUGGGAUUUGCGGACGCUGGAUCCGGAAGAGGUGACGAGCGAACAGGAGCGGAUCGCGUAG